CCUUGCUACUAGGUCAUUUUCAGCUCCUUCCAGCAUACAUUUAGAUAUAGUGCUAAGAACUUGGACUCAAUGAGAUUGGAAAUAAAGAAAUAUAAACGUUUUUAAUCGUAAAGAAUAUUCGAAGAGUGAUCAUGUGACUUUUAAUUCAGAUUUCAUAUUAUAUGAUUAAUCAUCAACCAAAAAGUCAUGUGUACGUCGUGAUCGUGAUGAUUUAAACAGGCUAAAACUAAAAUAGGCUUGCGAAAAUGAUAGGUGAACUCAUAAUUUUGAUCUGCUCUUUAAUCUUGGUUCGUUUUGUAUCACAUUAUGCAAGAAGGAAGAAAUGCAAUGCACCUGGACCUCCCGGUUGGCCUAUUAUUGGAAACUGGUUUGAGUUAGAGACAGUCAAACCAUGGUUCCAAAUGGAAAGAUGGCGGCAAAAGUAUGGCGACGUUUUCAAGCUGAAACUUGGGGUGGCGGAUAUUGUUGUCGUAAAUGGUGAGGCGAUAUACGAAGUUCUUGUGACAAAAAGUGACGAUUAUAUGGACAGACCCGACAAUGGUCGUUACAAAAUGCUAACGGACUAUCAUGACAUCAUAACAAGAAAAUCAGAUGAAAAAUGGAAAGAUUUUCGGAAAGUUGCACAUCAAGGACUAAGACAAUAUGGGAAAGGAGUUCUUCGUAUUCAAGAAUUGAGCCAGGAUCAAGUUUUGAAAUGCGCUGAAGCUUUUUUAAAAACUAACGGUGAACCUUUUAACCCGUUUGAUGACAUAUUUCAUACGAUUGCAAAUGUGGCUCUUGUCGCGCUGAGUGGAUCGGCCUUUGAAAAGAACCAUGAAGUUAUGCAAAGAUUGAAAAAACUGGACAUUGAUGCCAACCGGAUGCUUGGGAUAGAUGGUGUGCAUAUCGACGUGAUGCCAUGUUUGAAGUAUUUUCCCCACAAGAUGGGCAAAAUGGUGCGAGAGGCUGUUCGAGAUCAAAUGAUUGUCCUUGAUAUGCUUUGGGACUUCGUCAAGGAAAAUUGUGACCUUGAAAAACCUGCAGGAGUUCUUCCAGAAUUCUUCAAGAAUCAAGAGGAGCGGAAAGAUUCCGAUAUGCCGUUAUCUGAUGAGGAAGUCUACGGACUUGAGCAGAAUCUAGUUGUAGGAGGCCUAUUUACCACGACGGCGGCAGUGAAAUCAAUGGUUGCGUACAUGGUAGAUUACCCGGAUGUUCAGAGAAAGUUGCAGCUUGAGAUUGAUGAAGUGCUACAAGGAAGGUUGCCAACACUUGAUGAUCGGAGAACGAUGCCAUAUAUGGAAGCGUUCAUUCUUGAAUCACUCCGCCAGACUUCUUUACUUCCGAUUUUAAUACCACACAUGACGAAACGUGACGUCUCACUGAGAGGAUAUGACAUCCCUAAGGACACACAGGUUUGGGUGAAUGCGUUUAACCUGCAUCACGAUGAGCGUUACUUCAAAGAUCCUUGGACUUUCAACCCUGAUCGAUUCCUCGAGGAGGAUGGAAGUCUCCUCCCAACACACAAACGCAAAAUGUUGUUGCCUUUUGGCGCAGGGCGACGAGUUUGCGUCGGAGAACAAUUUGCCAGGAUUCGAAUGUUCCUUUUCAUGACAACGCUGCUGCAACGUUUGACCUUCCUCCCUGCAUCACCUGACAGCAAGCCGAACUAUGAUCCUAGGGACAGCAUCAUUGGAUUUAUCCUCAAAAUGAAGGACUACAAACUAAGGGUAGUCAAGAGGGGUGUGUAA